CUCACCAAACUCACCGAAACCAUCGUCUCUCCGGGUACAAUCCAGGGUGGUAGAUACAAGCCAAACAUGGACUGCGUGUGGACCAUCGCCACGCCCCCCGACCACGUGAUAAUCUUCACCUUCCUCCUCUUCUCACUGGAGGGCAAUUUAGGCCUGAAAUGCAGAUACGACUACGUCCAGCUCUUUAACGGCAGCAGUACCAGCUCCCCAGCGAUGGGUGUGUUCUGCGGAAGGGUCGGCCCACCCCCCUUAGUCUCCACCACCAACUUCCUGACAGUGCGCUUCUACUCCGACGACAUAGUGUCCAGGCGCGGCUUCGUCGCCACCUACAGGGCGAUUGGCACUCGUUCUGCUACGGCAGGGGGACCCCCGUGAAUCGCUGUUUCAUCGUCGGCUAUUUUCUUACCCCUGUUUUUACUACAUUUGCUGUGAGUGAUCAAGAUAAGAGGAUCAGCAGAAUCACUGCCCAUCUUCCAACACAGACUGACGGCCCCUCGCCUCUCCAGACUGCGUCUUGGUUCCACAUUAGU